GCGGCGGCGGCGGCGGCCCGCACCAGCCAUGCCGAAUAAAAACAAGAAGGAGAAAGAACCACCAAAACCGGUGAAAAGUGGAAAAGGUUCAAAAGAAGGACAAGAUACAGCAGAAGCAGAGAUAGCCAGCAGGAAGAACAGCCUCGCGGCUGUCCAGUCUUCGACAUCUACUAAAAUAAAAGUCCCAAUCCCUCAGCCCAUCGUCGUCCCUGUGAAGAAAGACAAACGGCAGAAUUCUUCACGGUUUAAUGCCAGCAAUAAUAGAGAACUGCAAAAACUCCCAUCUUUAAAAGGUAAUUCUCCCUUGUGGCUGGGGGAGAAAGGCCGUGUCUAG